GACCCUCCCCUCCCCCGUCCUCCGACCUCCGUUCCUUCAGGAAAUCCUGAGAUGCAACAUUCGGUAGCUACCUCAAGGAACCCGCGAUCUUUGGCAAACGCUCGUAGACAUUUAGAGGAUUCAAAGGUGCGAGAUAUCAUAACUUGAUGACUUCUGUGGAGAGAUUCCCACAGCAAUGUCUCCCCUGCCCUCGCCGAACUUCGUGGGAACGGAUACAAUUCUGGGAACCUGCGGCACUUGCAGGGUUUCUCUGAGCGCCAACGAAACGAACCCGCUGUUGUUACCAUGCCUACACUCUAUGUGCAAUAACUGCAUACCUCCACCAGAUCAAGGAGUUGCAGUGUGUCCGGUGUGUGGAAUGUUGUACUCCCUUCAAAGUGUCACACCCCAUCCUCUCUUCUGCAAUGUCGCGUCCAUAUCAUCUUCACAGAAAUGUGGGGGAUGUGAGAGUGCUGCCGUUGAGGGCUGGUGUGUCGAGUGUGGGGAGGCGCUGUGUGUGGAGUGUGUGUCGGCGCACAGGAGGGUACGGAUGACCCGAGACCACACCAUAAAGACCCAGAUGACCUCCUCAGGUUUUGCCAGGAAGACUUACUGCCCCAUCCAUAAGGACGAGCCUUACAAGCUCUACUGCAUCACCUGUGGUCAGCUCACCUGCAGGGACUGCCAGCUCACACUGCACAGGAACCACAGUUUCCAGUUUAUGGGAGAGGUGGUUUCGGAGCGCAGACAGAAGCUGGAGGCUCUGGUCCACAGAGUAAAAAAGCAGAGAGCGUGCACCCAACGCAGCAUCCAGGAUUUGGAAGGACGGCUUCUGGACCUGGAGGACGAGAUGGACGGCUUCAAGCAGAAUGUGAAGCAAGCACUGAAGGAGUUCCGGGACAUACUGGUUCAGACCGCCAUGAAGCUCAUGUCCGACUCUAAGGUAAUGUACACUUCGGAAUUCGAUCGCCUGAAGCGGCAGCAAUCAGUGCUCCAGAAACUACUGGAGAGGCAGGCGUACCUACUGGCCUUCAGUGAGAAAACCCUGGACCGCAUGGACCAGAUUGCGCUAUUGUCCUGUGUAAAUCAGGUCCAGCAGCAGCUGCAGACGGUGUUGACCCAGAAUCCUCCUCCCUUCGCCCACAUGCUGCAGAUCUCCCUCCACGUCAACAAGCCUGAGGUUCAGGAAGCCCUCAGCCGUUUCGGAAAGGUGUCAUGGAGGCUUAUUCCGUUUGCCUGUUCCAAAAAGAACAGGCCUCCUAAGAAAGCCAAAGAGACCCCUCCUGUUCCUGGUCAGUUGGUGUCCCUGGAGAGCCUGGAGCCGUUAUGCCUGCUGGGGCCUGCAGAGGGCGCUCCUGCUGUUCCUCUCAUCACCACCAGAGGGUGCUCUGUGUCGUCGCCCACAAAGGUUACGGUAGAGAGCACGACCUCGUCCCCUGGAUGCAGUGAGGGAAAAGCUGGACUGGAUUCGGUGACUAGUAUGGAGUGUGAGCCUUCGUCCACCGUGCCAGACCCUGUGGGCAAACCCAGCUCUCCACCCGAGAGCCCCCCUCUAGUGGACACGUCUGGUGUCACCACCAGAGCUAGCAUGGAGAGACUAGCGUCAUGGGACGAACGUAGCAGAGUAACUGGGAUCAGUACAGUUGCCCCGCCCGGAAGUUCUCCUACCCCGUCAGCCAUCAUCAACCCUGGCGGGGGCUCUGCCAGUAAGGAGACAUCUGUUGUGGUCGUGCAGGACAGACCAAUCAAGGGCCGUGCUGAAGCUUUACCUCAGGACAUAGCUGCUAGCAGCACUGCUAGCGAAACUUGCUGCUUCAGAAGGACAGAGUCUGCGGCUGUAGAGUCUCAUGAGCACGUGCAGAGGGAGUCUGAGGCUGUAGAGUCUCAUGAGCGCGUGCAGAGGGAGUCUGAGGCUGUAGAGUCUCAUGAGCGCGUGCAGAGGGAGUCUGAGGCUGUAGAGUCUCAUGAGCGCGUGCAGAGGGAGUCUGAGGCUGUAGAGUCUCAUGAGUCUCAUGAGCACGUGCAGAGGGAGUCUGAGGCUGUAGAGUCUCAUGAGCGCGUGCAGAGGGAGUCUGAGGCUGUAGAGUCUCAUGAGCACAUGCAGAGGGAGUCUGAGGCUGUGGAGACUCGUGAGCGCGUGAAGAAGCAGGAGACUAGAGUCCCAGAUGUUCUUGUAGCUCAACUCUGCUCCUCACACACAAAGACAGACACCAAACAUCUAGAGGAGGAGGAGGAGGGGUCAAAAUGCCCAAUUAUUAUUAUGAAUGUAGAAGCAACGGGGGCAGUUUUAUCGGGGGAGGAGUCAGAGUACACAGAGGCGGUAGGGUCUGAUGAGGUCACACCAGGAGUGGGGUCAUGUCUACAGGGAGAGGAGUCAAAGGUCACACAGUCUGAAUGUCCAGUUAUGGGGUCAUGUGAACAAGGGGAUGAGUCUGAGCAUGUCCGAGAGUUGGAGUCUCUGGGUGUCACUACUGAGCGUGUGCAGGAGUUGGAAUCUCUCCAUGUCACUACUGAGCAUGUGCGGGAGGUGGAGUCUCUCCGUGUCACUACUGAGCAUGUGCGGGAGGCAGAGUCUCUCCGUGUCACUACUGAGCAUGUGCGGGAGUGCGAGUCUCUCGGUGUCACUACUGAACAUUUGCGGGAGUUGGAGUCUCUUGGCGUCACUACUGAGCGUGUGCGGGAAUUUGAGUCUCACGGUGUUACUACUGAGCAUGUGCAGGAGGUGGUCUCUGACUGCGUCAUCACUGAGCAUGUGCAAGCGGCUCCACCAGAUGUUCCUGUCUGUCCAGAGAGAGACCAAUCAUCUAUGGCCCCUUCUGGUCCUUCGCCUCUACCUGCAUUUCCACAAACUCUCUGCCAGGAGCGGCCAACACUUCAGUCUUUCCUGAAAGCUUUGAAUCUGACAAGGAGUCCAGGAUUGGUCAGAAAUCCAGCGGCUUCUGCUUCACAGGGUGCAGGUGCAGCUGGACACGAAACUGACACCAUCAACAGCUACUGCUGCCCUCUAGAGGAGGAAGACUUUGAUGAAGAGGAUGAUUGUAUUGAUGUAGAAAUGCAGGAUGAAGAAAUCUACCAUCUCUUACCAAAGAAGCAUUGGCUACCUCAGGUGUCAGUCUACCACAUGCCCCUCCCCUCCAUCUCUAGUGGUCAGCCCCUACCUCGGUUUCGCCUCCUCCAGGGGGAAGGUUCCAUGGAGUUUCUGAUCCAGGAGAUACCUGAGGAUAACAAGUCUGCAGAGUGCAAGACCCAUGCUGUCCAGCAGAGGCGCUGUGUGGUGUGUCACAUGGAGGGCAUGCUGUACCACUGUGCCACCUGUAACCGUGGAUACCACAAAGGAUGCCACAUACCGCCCUUAAUCACCAAACUCAGCGAAGGCUGGGUGUGUGGCCUGUGUCUGGAUGUGUCGGCGGAGGUGAGACUGCAGGGCGGCUUUGAGGGAGGAUCCUGCAUGAACGCUCAGGACCAGAAGAUUUGUGAGUACUUGCUGCUCUCACUGUGGUGCAGCAAAUACAGGCCUGUACUUUUCAUGCAAAAUCAGGAGCCAGCCUCUUGCUCCUCUGGCGCCGUGAGCAUCAUGCUCAUCCGUGGCCGGUUGCUACAGAAACUAGCGCCUCCGUACCGCACCUCUUCGGAGUUUGUGUCUGACAUCUGGCUCCUGCUGGACUUGCUGCUCAAGAGGGCAAAGUGGAAGGCCGAGUGUGAGAAGCAGGUGAAGUCUCUGCAGAUGAUCUUCUCCAGGCGGCUGCAGCGAGUGAUCGGCCACAGCCUCCACCAGUCUCUCCUGCGCAACCCCCACCGCCAGCGGCAGAGGGGCCGGCCUCGGAAACAGCACAAGGGGCUGCCGGAACAAGGGAAGGAGAGGCUGCCCGACCGAGGGAAGGAGAGGAAGGCGCAGCGAGACGAAGGGCGGGAGAGGAAGGAGAAGAAAGUGGAACGAGUCGACCGAGCGAAAGUGGGAAGAUCGGGAAACACAGGGAAGCGGAAAGCUGGGAGGAAGGAGAAAAAACGAUCGCAAACGCAGUUGCAGUUGCGGAGGCAGUCGCAGGCACAGGUUCAGACGCAGUUGCAGAUGCAGGUGCGGACUCAGUCACUGAUGCGGUCGCAAACGCAGGCGCUGACGCAGUCACAGAUGCAGAUGCAGAUGGAGUCACAGUCACAAUUACAGGUGCAAAUACAGACAAAGUUACAGUCGCAGAUGCAGACGCAGUUGGAAAUACAGACGCAGUCUGAUGCACCCAGGACUAGUGAGGCGCCAUCAUCAGGCGUGCUGCGGUUCUUUCUCCUGGAGAAGGACAACGGUCGGACCCAGACAGGGACUGAGGUGAUGAGACUUCAGCCACACACGUAAGCAUCUUCCACGCACACAACACACACACACACGUUUACUACUGACAUAAGGUGCCAAACACACACACACACACACACACACACACACACACACACACACACACACACACACACACACACAGUUAAUGGUCUCCAACAACCAUACACACUACUGAGCUAAAGUGCCAAACACCCCCACCCUCAUGCAUACACACACACACACACAGACUGCUGAGGUGCCACACACACACACACACACACACACACACACACUACAGACUGCUGCUCAACAGAUGUGUGAUGUGUGCAGUGAUUUGAAGUGCCAAGAGUUUGUGUUUGUGAUGGCCAGUGUUCCAGUGUGCAUUUUACUUAAAGGUUUAAAUACAGGUCUAUUCCUGUAUUUUAUGUAUAUAGUUCAACUUUUUUAUACUGUGUGUUUGUCUAUACUGAGGAUGAAUAAAAAAAGAUUUGUUUUUUGCCAAAA